AUGGCCUAUGGCUAUGACCCGCACGCUAGCUGCUUACGCUGUCUUGGGGAAACCCAAGUCAGUGACCGCUGCAAAAUUUGCAGAUCAUUUAAGCCUUGGACUAAGAAGGAGCAGGACAUGCGGCUCCAAGCCAUAUUGAUGGAGUCGGCCCUAACCCUGACACCACUCUGCCUCUCCGAGUUGGCACCGAGCACCGUAGCAUCGGUGCACGGCAACCCAAUGGUGCCUUCCACCAGCCAGCACCACUCCCCAUCCACAGGGCACUCUAAGAAGAUGAAGAAGCAGUCUUCUCUGUCAAGGCACCAGGGCAAGGCUGGGGGUCAAGGUGAUUUUGAUUUAUCGGAUGCUCUUGAUCAUCCAGAGGAAACAAUUACCAAGAAGCCUCCACCGGCUACCAAAAGGCCAGUGUUUGAUGAUCAUCCAAAACCUCACCCACGUCCUCCUCACAAGCCGCAGCCGGGAAGCUAUGGCAAUGAUGACCGCUUCAGUGACUUAGAUCUCAAUGAUGGGAAACCUCUACCCCCAAGGCCCGCAGGAGAAAAGGAGAGUAAUGUCAAUCAUGGUGGAAACACUGAUUCUGGAGUAAUUGCUGGAGUUACGUCACCUGUGAUUUCUGUGCUUGUGCUGUUAGUUGUUGGAACAGUAGCUGGUUACACAGCUUACAAGAAGAAGCAACUCUGUUUUAAAGCUAAUGGUGGGACAACUGUGUAA